UCCGUCGAAAAAAUAAAUAAAACCCCCAAACCCUCGAAUCUUCCCCCUUUUCGCGCUUGUUCUCGCUCACUUUCUCUUCUAUCGUCUGUUCCUGUGGGACAAUAAUGAGCGGCCGUUCAAGUCGAACCCUUUACGUUGGUAAUCUCCCUGGUGAUAUUCGUGAGCGGGAAGUGGAAGAUCUGUUCUAUAAGUAUGGGCCUAUUGUUGACAUUGAUUUGAAGAUCCCACCAAGGCCUCCUGGCUAUGCUUUUAUUGAGUUUGAAGAGGCUCGUGAUGCUGACGAUGCUAUUCGUGGUCGGGAUGGAUAUAACUUUGACGGACAUCGUUUACGUGUGGAGCUGGCACACGGUGGGCGAGGGCACUCCUCAUCAAUAGAUCGUCGUAGUAGUUACAGUGGCGGAGGUGGCCGUGGUGGAGUCUCCAAGCACUCAGAUUAUCGUGUGUUGGUCACUGGGUUGCCUUCUUCUGCCUCAUGGCAAGAUCUUAAGGAUCAUAUGCGCCGAGCUGGAGAUGUUUGCUUCUCUCAGGUGUUCCGUGGUGGUAGUGGUACCACUGGAGUUGUGGAUUAUACCAACUACGAUGACAUGAAAUAUGCUAUCAGAAAACUUGAUGACUCUGAGUUUCGAAAUGCAUUUUCGCGGGCGUUUAUACGGGUGAAAGAGUAUGACUCACGACAGAGCUUGUCUAGAAGCCGCAGUCGUAGUCGUUCCUACUCAAAAAGCAGGAGCCCUAGCCGUAGUCGCAGCUACAGUCGAAGCAGGAGCCCAAGCAAAUCUCCAAAGGCCAAAUCUUCGCGCCGUUCUCCAUCUAGAUCUCGUUCAAGAUCUGUUUCUUCCCGUUCUCCUUCCAGGUCAAGGCCGCGCUCUGCGUCAAGAUAUGGCUUUAUGCGGCGAUUUGGGGAUUGCAUAUUAGGGAACAUGAUGGGAUAUGGUGCAAAUGCCUGCAUCUGGUUUGGUUGUGGAGGGAUGCUGUUUCAUAGAGGAGCAGCUUUAUAAACCUCAAUGAUGUAUUAAUUUUUAUGCAUGAUGUAUAGUGUAUGUACAUGGGAGCUAAGAGAGUGACGAGAAGGAUAUGGCCAUGUGGGUUUGUGGUACUAAAGCUGGAUUACUUAGUGCUAUGGAGAUGCCAUACCAAUCAGUGGCAGUAACAAAUACAAAAUUCACUUCCUCGUCCAACAUCAUCAUGCUUAUAGGAGUUGCACUCAGGAUUUUUGGAUUUUGGUGGUACUCAAUGGGAAAGAUGUCUCUCUCUUAUCCUUUAAUAUCUUAGUAUCUUAAAUUGCUUUUUUUUUGUUGCUUUUAUUGAGCUCUAUCUAUUUUUAUUGGCUCAUCUAGGUUUUCAGUGACCUGCUGGGUGAGGAUCCUUGUAUUAUUGGCUGGGAAUUAAAUUUUAUGCUAUCUGUUGAGUGGUGCUAAAA